ACGACACGUGAAAUAGCAUCCUAAAUCGUUUUAGCGCACUCAUACCCGACUAUACUCACCGGUAGAUUUAUGGCGUAUGGGGAUAACCUUUUCCCCCGGAACAGAACAGGACAGAAUACUCACAUACGAUAGAAGCACUGUUCGGCGUAGAGCCACUCACAUGAAAAGUGUGCUCAGCCAAAUAUUGAAACUGAAACUGAAACUACUCACCGGUAGCUGAGAAAAGUGAAUCAACAAAUAACACUGCAACCACGUGCAUGUACGUUUAAUUGUACAAGCACAUUUGAGUCCAGGAUGGAGAAUAAUGCGGAUGAUGACGUGAAUGGCCAAAAUCAAGAUAUCUCUAUUCUUAAAGCUGAAUUCAAGGACAAGUGGAAAUUAGUACCAAAAUUUUUGGAAAGUAGAGGUCUAGUAAAGCAUCAUAUUGAUUCCUUCAAUUUUUUUAUCCGUGAAGAUAUAAAAAAGAUUGUCAAAGCAAAUCAGGAAGUAUUUACCGAUGCAGACCCACUUUUUUAUUUAAGAUAUUUAGACAUACGUAUAGGUGAACCUGUACUUGAUGAAGCUCAUAAUGAUAUUCGUAAACUUUACCCGCAUGAAUGUCGCCUGAGAGAUUUAACUUAUGCUGCACCUAUUAUAGUAGAUAUAGAAUAUAUAAGGAGUAACCAACCAAUAAUAAAAAAUAACAUAGUAAUUGGAAGAAUGCCAAUUAUGUUGCGCAGUGCGAAUUGUAGAUUAACUGGUAUGACAACUCCGUUAUCGAAAAAAGAUGAAUGUCCUCACGAUCCUGGCGGUUAUUUUAUCAUAAAAGGACAAGAGAAAAUCAUUUUAAUACAGGAACAAAUGGUUCGGAAUAGAAUACUUUUGGAAGAAGAUAAUAAAGGAAACAUCGUUGCUUAUUGCAACAGCUCCACUCACGAAAGAAAGACUAAGACCAGUAUCUACGGGAAAUCUGGUAGAUAUUACAUGAAGCACAAUAUUUUCCAGGAUGAUAUAUUGGUAACUGUAAUUUUCAAAGCUAUGGGCAUACAGAGCGAUCAGGAGAUAAUGAUGCUGAUCGGCCAUGAGCAUGAAUAUCAAAGUAAAUUUGAGUGGAGCCUGCGAGAAUGCGAGGAUUUGAAUAUCUUCACACAGACUCAAGCGCUGAUAUAUCUUAAUAACAAGCGAACGCAACCUAGAAUUUUUAAUGCAAACGAGAUGAAAGAUGUACUAGCGACAAACGUGUUGUCGCAUGUACCAAUCAAAAAUUUCAGUUUCAAAUUGAAAACGAUCCAUUUGGCCUUCAUGGUGAGAAAAGUGAUUAUGGCGCAAUUCGACAAAAAGCUUCUCGACGAUAGAGAUUUCGUGGGAAACAAACGUCUGGAAGUGGCUGGGUCACUCCUCUCUCUGAUGUUCGAGGAUCUGUUUAAACGAUUUAAUUGGGAUCUGAAGAACAUCGCCGACAAAAAUAUCCCGAGAAUCAAGGCGGCGCAGUUCGACAUAGUCAAGCAUAUGCGACAAGAUCAGAUCACUAACGGCUUAAUCUUCGCCAUAUCAACCGGUAAUUGGAAGAUCAAGAGGUUCAAAAUGGAGAGACAAGGUGCGACGCAAGUGUUGUCACGUUUGUCUUAUAUAUCUGCAAUCGGCAUGAUGACGCGAGUCCAUUCCCAGUUUGAGAAGACCAGGCAAGUGUCUGGGCCGCGUUCGUUACAUUUGUCGCAAUGGGGCAUGCUGUGCCCGUGCGACACGCCCGAGGGAGAAUCCUGUGGUUUGGUGAAGAAUCUCGCUCUGAUGGCUCAUAUCACAACGGACGAGCCGGAGGAUCAUAUCGUACGGAUACUAUCCUGUCUCAAUGUGCAGAAUAUCAAUAUAUUUGGCGGAGAAGACAUCAACAACAAAGAGAUAUGGUUGGUUCUCCUGAACGGUGUUAUUCAGGGCAUCACAAAGCAUCACGAGAGAUUAGUGUCCCACCUGAGGGCGUUUCGCAGACAAGGCCGCAUCAGCAGUUACGUGUCGAUAUACCUGCAGGAAAGUCACAGAUGCGUCCACAUCAGCACCGACGGCGGACGAUUGUGCAGACCGUAUUUCAUCGUGCAGAACGGACGGCCCAAUGUCACGCCAGAACAUAUGCAAUUGUUUAAGCGAAAUAUUCUGAAGUUCGAGGAUUUCGUGAAGAUGGGUCUGAUCGAAUACUUGGAUGUGAAUGAAGAGAACGACACUCUUAUCGCGCUCGACGUAGAUAACAUCGAAGCCGCAACUACGCACAUGGAGAUCGAGACAUUCACUAUUCUGGGAGUGUGCGCCGGUCUGAUUCCGUAUCCACAUCAUAAUCAAAGUCCGAGGAAUACUUAUCAAUGCGCUAUGGGUAGACAGGCUGCGGGCACCAUAGGAUAUAAUCAGCGUAAACGCAUGGACACGGUGAUGUACAAUCUGGUAAAUCCGCAAAGGCCUAUAGUAAAGACGAAGACAUCCGAAAUGAUCAAAUUCAACGAAUUGCCAGCUGGCGAGAACGCAAUCGUAGCUAUCAUGUCGUACAGUGGGUACGAUAUCGAGGAUGCGCUAGUAGUCAACAAAGCAGCCCUUGAUAGAGGAUAUGGAAGGUGCUUGGUAUAUCGGAGUACGAAAGCUGUCUUGAAAAGGUAUCCUAACCAAACAUACGAUAGAAUCAUGGGCCCUGCGCUGGACAGCAAUACGAACAAGGUUGCAUGGAAACACGAUAUCCUGGACGCUGACGGGAUUGCAAUGCCCGGCGAAAGAGCGGAUGAUAAGAAAGUACUGGUGAACAAAUCAGUGCCAUCGCAAUCUAUCGAUCCGGUGAACACUGGCGAUGCUCCAGUAAAACCGCAAUAUCGCGACGCAGAAGUCUACUACAAGGGUUUGGAACCGGCAUACGUAGAGCAAUCUCUGUUAACCAGCAACGCGGACGAUUCCUUCUUGAUAAAAGUGUUGCUGCGGCAAACUCGAAGACCCGAAAUUGGUGAUAAACUUAGUAGUCGUCAUGGACAGAAAGGUGUUAUUGGUUCAAUCGUAGACCCAGAAGACCUACCGUUCAAUGAUCAAGGCAUGGUCCCAGAUAUUAUUAUGAAUCCACAUGGUUUUCCAUCCAGAAUGACAGUCGGUAAAUUGAUAGAGAUACUCGCGGGUAAAGUGGGCACUAUGAACGGUGAAUUCCAGGACGCAACAGCGUUUGGCGGCUCUAAAGUGAAAGAUCUCGCUGAAGAAAUGCAGAAGCAUGGUUACAACUACUUAGGUAAAGAUUGUUUCUACAGCGGCAUGACCGGGGAACCGUUAGAAGCAUAUAUUUAUACUGGAAUUGUUUAUUAUCAAAGAUUGAAGCACAUGGUGCAAGACAAAAUACACGCUCGUGCCAGAGGACCAAGGGUAGUGAUGACUCGACAGCCGACAGAGGGUCGUUCUAAGGAUGGUGGUUUACGUUUUGGCGAGAUGGAGCGCGACUGUCUGGUCGCUUAUGGUGCCAGCAUGUUGUUGAUAGAGAGGCUUAUGUUGUCGAGCGACGGCGUUAAAGUCGAUGUCUGUAAUAACUGCGGACUGAUGGGCUACAAUGGUUGGUGCCAAAGUUGCCGUUCUAACUCCAAUAUAUCCUCUGUUAUGAUGCCUUACGCAUGUAAACUGUUGCUUCACGAGUUACAAUCUAUGAACAUUGUACCCCGUUUGAAAUUAAAGGACUAUCGCGAAAGAAAUGCUGAAAAACGGGAAUAUAAAUACAAGUCAUAUAAAUAAAAUGUCAUUUUAUCUAUACAUAACGUAUACUUUGUAUCUCUCUUAAAACCUGUGAUACUAUGAUACUUAACAUUCACAUCUCGAUAUGCCUUGCGUGAAAAAUAUAUAAGUUAAUAAAACCUUAGUGUUUCUUGUAUAUUCUGGAAGACAAAUACAUUGGUUGUUUUUAA